CCAGCAUAUUCAGUUGCAGCCUAUGAAGAUAGAACGUAGGAGUACUUCCAAGAUCGAUCGAUCGAUCCCACUAACACUGCAAAAUCAACAGUCGGCAGAACGCGAUGCGCACACGCUAUAAAAAGGCCACAUUCCCCGGUGCGUGAGCGUGGCAACUGGGUGCUCCAUCGAUCUUCUCUGCAAGUUCAAGUUUAAGACUAGCGGUGCCGUGCGUUAGCUAUAUAUGACUCGAGGAAGAGGCGGGGCGGCGGUGCUCCUCCUCCUGAUCCUCGGCGCGAGGAUGAGCGGCGGCGCCGAAGCGGCGAGGACUUACACGGUGGGCGACUACGGCGGGUGGAAGUUCAACGUCCGCGGGUGGGCCAGAGGGAAGACCUUCCGCGCCGGCGACGUGCUCGAGUUCAGGUAUAACCGGGCGGUGCACGACGUGGCGGCGGUGGACGCGGCGGCGUACCGGAGCUGCUCACCGGGCAGGUGGAAGGCGCUGCGGAGCGGGCACGACAAGGUGAGGCUGGUCAAGGGCACGCACUACUUCAUCUGCACCGUCAGGGGACACUGCAAGGCCAACAUGAAGAUCGCCGUCACGGUCAUUUAGCUGUCGUCUCUCGAUCAGUGGCUAUAAAUCGGCGUAUACGUCCAGAUCUUUUUUCUUUUUUUUUUGAGAAAAAUAUACGUCCAGAUCUAUCCAGAGCCGGUGUUGCUUAACGCACGGCGGAUUAACCAGAUCAUCAUGCAGUUGGCUUAUCAUGGACUUGUACUACGUGUAAGGGGCGAUAUGCUUCUCUAUUAAAAGAAAAUGUCUAGCAUUAUCGAAUUCAAUAA